UCAGCCCUCAUCCCCUCAUUCAAAAACACAUAUAUAUACUAUAGCUAGCUGCCUUCAAUUCUGUGCGUGGUUUUUAGUGUGUUUUGUGUGUGUGAGAGAGAGGGAGGAAAAACAAGAGAGAGAUAUGGCGAAAUUGUACGUAAUUUUCUUGAUAGUUGCAUUUUCAGUACUAGGAAAUAUUGCCAGUGCUGCUAGAAACAUUCCUAAUGACCAAACCAAACCGGGUACUACCGCUAAUGCAUUAGCCCCUGUUGAGAACAAUGUGGUCAGAACUGCAAAUGCGCCGGCCGCUAACGGCGGCGUCGAUGAUCAGAAAAACUUCAUCUCCUAUGGCGGUGUAGGUGGCUGGGGAGGCGUUGGUGGCUUUGCCGGGGUGAUUCCGGUCCUUGGUGGCAUUGGCGGCGCCAGUGGGCUUGGAGGACUAGGUGGACUAGGUGGGGGAGGCGGCACUGGUGGGCUUGGAGGGCUUGGUGGACUAGGUGGACUAGGUGGUCUUGGUGGCGGAGGCGGCUCUGGUGGUCUUGGUGGCGGAGGCGGCUCUGGUGGUCUUGGUGGCGGAGGUGGUGCUGGUGGUGGAGGCGGCUGCGGCGGGCUUGGUGGUAUAGGUGCUAGUGGCCGUGUUGGGGGUGGAGCGCCCGGCCACACUAUACCUUAAAUUAAUUAUCAGAUGUCUUAGGGGUAUGUUUAUGUUAUUGUUGAUUCAAGGGUUUUAGGUAGCUAGAAUUUAAUAUUUGCUAUGUUAUUUCAAUUUGGAGGACUGCUAUUAUAUAUUAUUAUGUGUUUUAUCUUUAAGGAGUAAAAAUUCUGGAUAUUCUUGUA